AUCACCAGUAUUUCCUCUCCUUGGCGGACCAAUAACGCGCAGUUUCAAUCUCCCUCCAUCUCAGCCAGCGGUUUCUUCAAGAAUUAACUUAAAAAAUAAAAAUAAAGAAGCUUUAUUUGUUAUCACUACACGACAUUCGUAUCUUGGAGUUUGGGGGCUGUUUUUUUCAUUGGAGGAAAUCAAAGCUCUUUGUAAAUAUUUUCUUCUCUGGUUGAAUUUUCUCUGACAUGGAAGUGAGAUGUCGUCCGGCGGUGAUGUGCUGUGUUUUUGCCGUCCUCUGUUCUGUGUUUCCCCGGUCGCUGGAGUUUUCUUACGGGGACAGACAGUACCUGAACGAGUGGGCAGUGGAGAUCCCAGGCGGAGUGUCCGCUGCGGAGGCGAUCGCCAGAGAGCUGGGCUACGAACUGGUCCGACAGAUUGGGGCCCUGGAAGACCAUUUCUUGUUCAAACACCGCAGCCAUCCUCGCAGAAUGAAACGCAGCUCCGACCACAUCACCAGGCAGCUGUCGGAGGAUGAUCGGGUGUUGUGGGCUGAACAGCAGUAUGAGAAACGGCGCACCAAACGAGCGUCCCUCAGGGAGUGCAGGGACUGCCCGGUGGACAAGCUUUUCGAUGAUCCCAUGUGGAACCAGCAGUGGUACCUGCAAGACACGCGGACGUCCUCCUCGCUGCCGAAGCUCGACCUCCACGUGAUCCCCGUGUGGCAGAAAGGCAUCACAGGGAAAGGAGUGGUCAUCACUGUUCUCGAUGAUGGGCUGGAGUGGAACCACACAGACAUCUACUCCAACUACGAUCCAGCAGCCAGCUAUGAUUUCAACGACAAUGAUCCCGACCCUUUUCCCAGAUAUGACUCCACCAAUGAAAACAAGCAUGGCACUAGGUGUGCUGGGGAGAUUGCUAUGCAGGCGGACAACAAUAAAUGUGGAGUUGGAGUGGCCUACAACUCGAAGGUUGGAGGUAUUCGUAUGCUGGAUGGGAUUGUGACUGAUGCCAUCGAGGCGAGCUCUAUUGGGUUCAAUCCGGACCAUGUGGACAUCUACAGUGCCAGCUGGGGACCUAACGAUGAUGGGAAAACAGUGGAGGGCCCUGGUCGUCUGGCACAGAAAGCUUUUGAAUAUGGCAUUCAGAAGGGCCGUGGCGGGAAAGGCUCUAUCUUUGUUUGGGCAUCAGGUAAUGGCGGCCGCCAGGGCGAUAACUGUGACUGUGACGGCUACACAGACAGCAUCUACACUGUCUCAAUCAGCAGUGCCUCCCAGCAGGGCCUGUCCCCGUGGUACGCUGAGAAGUGCUCCUCCACUCUGGCUACAGCGUACAGCAGUGGAGACUACACUGACCAGAGGAUUACGAGUGCUGAUCUGCAUAAUGAGUGCACUCAGACUCACACUGGAACUUCAGCUUCUGCCCCACUGGCUGCUGGAAUAUUUGCCCUGGCACUGGAACAAAAUCCUGACCUUACCUGGAGAGACCUGCAGCACAUUGUGGUCUGGACCUCAGAGUUUGAUCCUUUGGCCAAUAACCCUGGCUGGAAGAGGAACGGAGCAGGGCUGAUGGUCAACAGUCGCUUUGGCUUCGGCCUUCUCAAUGCCAAAGCCUUGGUGGACCUUGCUGACCAGGCCACUUGGAAGCAUGUGCCAGAGAAGAAGCAGUGUAUUGUCAGGGAUGAUUCUUUUCAGCCAAGGGAACUAAAAGCAACAGGGGAGAUCACUAUAGAGAUUCCAACAAAAGCCUGCGCAGGGCAGGACAACACUAUCCGCUCACUGGAGCAUGUGCAGGUGGAGGCGAGCAUUGAAUAUACCAGGAGGGGGGACCUGCACAUCACACUCACCUCUCCAGCUGGCACCAGCACAGUGCUGCUGGCAGAGCGAGAGAGGGACACAUCCUCUAACGGCUUCAGAAACUGGGACUUCAUGUCUGUCCACACAUGGGGAGAGGACCCUGCCGGUACAUGGACCCUAAAAAUCACAGAUACUUCUGGUCAUAUGGAGAACAAGGGUCGGAUUCUGAACUGGAAGCUGAUCCUUCAUGGAACAUCAGAGAAACCAGAGCACAUGAAGAAACCUCGAGUGUACAUUCCUUACAAUGCUGUGCAGAAUGACCGUCGUGGUGUAGAACAUAUGGAUGACAUGAUGGAGGAGCCAACACAGGCCCACCAACCUCAGAAGACUGAGAAUGCUCAAGCCUCUCCCCCUUCUAAUCCCGAGAAGGAGCCCAAAAAAGCAUCAGUUUCACCCUCCUCUCCAUCGCUGGCUCUGCUGCGUCUCCUGCAGACGGCCUUCAACCGGCAGACCCCGGCACUACAGCAGCCUCAGCCCGUAGCCAGGACCUGGAGGAAGCAGCAGCAGCAGCAGCUAGGCCAGAGCUUCUCUCCUUCUGCUACAAGACUCCCACCUCAGAAGCUGUACCAGGCUUUGGACAUGAUCAACAAGUACAUGAGCCCUGAGGACAGCGUCUACAAUGAUUACAGUGACGGCUUCUAUAGCACCAAGCCGUACAGGCACAGAGAUGACCGUCUGCUACAGGCCCUGUUUGAGAUGCUCGAUGAUAAUCGCAAGUGAACAUCUGGCAGAACAGUGAGGAGAUCCAAGUGGAAGAGACUGAAAAAAAGAAGGCUGAGACCAGGCACUGGGAGAGGAGAAGUGAAGAUUCAGAAAAAGAGAACUCUUCCUGUUCUGUUUGUUCCCCCAAAAUGCUGCAUAUCUGACCUAUUAACCUUGAUUUGCCAGUCAACUUUUGUAAACCAACAUUUUAAUUCCUUCAUUCAGUGCAAAAUGUCCAAAUGUGAUUCAAAAUAUGGGCUUAUUUAAACCAUCUCUGCUAUAUCUCCAUGUAGUGAAAGUAUAAAAUCAUUUAAAUCAGAAGAAAAGUGGGGUUGGUGGCGGUGAUGGGGUUGAUGGUAGCCUUUUCUUUCAUCUCUUUACUGCCCGCUGAAGCAUGCCACCUUUAGAAUCUAAGUUUUGUAAUAGUAUCUAUAUAUUAUCUAUAUAUUAUUUAGAGACAGAUAAUGUAAAAUGGAUUUGAAAUCACUUGACAUCUAAAAUCUCUACAUUUGAAUUCAAAAAUCAAAUUUCUCUUUGGGUUUUUUUGGGGCAUUUGUCAGAAGUCCUACUGUAGAUGGUUUAUGUGAGUGUCUUUCACACUAUAGCUUCCUUUAUUUACCAUAGAGGACAAAUCGAUCUUAAUAAAAUGACAUAAAGUCACUGAAUUCAAUUCAGCCUGCAAUGGAAAAUGAAACUAAAUUUUACCUUGAUUAGUCAUUUGAAAAGGUUUAAAAGUGUCAACAAAAGAUCUAUUCUCAGGGUGUCAGCGAAGCUCAAGAGAGGACUUUUCAAGGUAUUUAGAGAACUGCAGUAUAUUUAGUGGGACAGAUUAUUUACUAUAAAAUGAUUAAAAAUGAUACAAUAUUACUAACAAAGCAUUAAAAAUAGAAAACAUUAAAAAAAAAAAAACCUUGAUAGUAGCAAAUGACUAAAAGAGCACUGGAAAGCUUUUCAGUUGGAACGAAUUACAGAAUCUUCUUGUGCAAUUUGUCUAAUUUUGUAUAAUGCUGCAUUAAAUUAAAUAUUUUUCUAUGGAUACCAUAUAGGUUAUGAUAUAAUAUAUAGAGUCUCAAAGUCUUUAACUAUUUAUUUUCUCGUGACACAGUUAUAAUUGCUACAGAUGAGCACUGCCAGAAUCCUGCUCUUACAAAGCUACAACAAUUGUGCAAAAUGUUGUUUAUUCAUAUUUUGUAAUAUGCCAACUUCAAACAGUUCUGUGAAUCCUGGACACAUUAUUUGCAUAUGAACCACUUGUCGGGUGUCAUACGAUAUUAUUUCAUCUAUUACAUUUCAGAAACUGACCAGAAGCUGUGUAGAAUAGAGGCUCUGCAGUACAACUCUUAAGCACAUUCAUGUUGAACGCCUUAAUAUCUGCUGUAAUACAUGGGCCUACUCAUUUCCAUAUGGUGUAAGUUGGUUUAAAGAUGCUAAUUUAAGUGUUUAUGACAUGAAUAGCUAUGAAGUCUCUACGCAGAGUCUCUAUCGUCCAGCUUGGAGCUGCCUGCCCCACUUCUCUGCCAACACAGUGACAGGAAAAAGAUGAUGUUUGGAAAAAUGCUUCACAUGCACCCUGUAAUUUAGCCAUUCUUUAGUGUAGCCUGUGCUGUUUCCUUUAUGUUUUUGUUUUUGACUGAGAAUUCAGUCCAAAGUUGUUUACACAAACCAAUAUUAUGUUGCAAUUUCUGUAUGGGUGUAUAAAAAAAUAAUAAUAAUUUAUCGUAAUAAACUGCAAAGUAA